AUGGGUUCUCUGCAAAAUUGCAAGCCUACUGCUAAAACCUCUUCGUUUCAAGACGUAAUUUAUUCUUCUCUAUCUGCACCCAAUCUUCCCUUUCAUCAUCAUCAACUGUCACCAAUGACCCAACCCCCAAAACCCUCACAAUCAUCCGCACACACUAUCAUACACUCCUCACAACUUGAUGACUCCAACCCAUUCUCCUCACUCGUUACUUGCUCCUGCCACAUUUCCUCUAUCCAAUCACAACCGAGAGAAUUUUUCCAAUGUCUCCAUAGCUUUUCAGAUCACCGAACGACGUCCCAAAGGUGUAUUCACCGUUCAAACCAAACAACAAAACUUGUUACAUGUUUCUGUUUGGUAUUUUUGGGGUUGCUGAUUUAUGUCAUUUUCAACUCUCUUUCUUUAUUUUCAUUGCCAUCAACACAACAAGAAUUUCAUCACAGCUUUGUGUUGGGAAAAACUCAAGCUUCUCAGUGCUCUGUGCGAAAAUUUUACAAACGAUUUUUCAAUUCUUCUCGAUCAAAACGUGCAGCAACGAAUCUAUUGUGCAAAGUGUACAAAAGAAAUACAGAGCAACAAAGUGAAAAUCAAUCGGAGGGAAACCCCAAAUACAUUGUAAUGUUCCAUGAAUACAUGAAUGCCACAAAGCAUGAACAAUAUAUAAGCGUCUUACUGGAUGGCAUUCGUUCUGGGUACAAAGUCAUCCAUAGAGAUAAUGCAGCUACCAGGUUUUUUGAAACAGAUUUUGCUCUUGUAGAGUUUGAAAAUAUGACACUGAAAGAAAAGCUCGAAAACAAAACCAAAUUUGUAAAGUACAUUGUGAAACAACACGAAUAUCACAACAUGAUCAACAACGAACGAAAAUUACUGUCGACCGAUCAUGAUGAAAUAGAAAAUAUUCAAGAGGAAGAAGAAUCUGACUCUCUUCUAAAUACCAUUGGAAAACUCUUUACUCACUGGACAACGGAGGAUGCAUAUGCAGAACAUCAUCACAAAAGAAAACUUUGCAAUCAUCCCAAUCGACACUACACUGAUGUGACAGAUAAAUUGAACGCCCACGUAUUGUGGGAAAAAGGAAUUUUAGGCCAAAAUGUACGUGUGGCUGUGUUUGAUACUGGAUUAAGCUCUAAGAGAUCUGAGUCAUUUUCUCACAUUGAAGACAUGAUUAAUUAUACAACAGAGGAUUCUGUGAAUGAUGAGCUUGGCCAUGGUACAUUCAUUAGUGGCAUAAUUGGUGCCAAACAUGCACAAAGUUACAAAGCAGUUUCACAUAACGUUACAAACCAUCAAGAUGCAACCUCUAAUGACUACAAGAAAAAACCCUCACAAACAGGAUGUCAAGGCUUAGCUCCUGAAGCAUCAUUAUUCAUUUUUAAGGUAUUUACUAGCAAACAAGUGUCAUACACAUCAUGGUUCUUGGAUGCCUUCAAUUAUGCAAUGAAAUCAGGAAUUCAAAUUUUAAAUCUAAGUAUCGGUGGUCCAGACUACUUGGACAUUCCUUUCAUUGACAAAGUGAGAGAACUUACAGCAAAUGGUAUCAUAAUAAUAUCUGCAAUCGGCAAUGAUGGCCCAUUGUAUGGCACUUUAAACAACCCUGCCGAUUUGGUCAAUGUGAUUGGUGUUGGAGGAAUCGAUGAUAAUGAUAAUAUUGCACGGUUCAGCAGCCGGGGAGUGACUACAUACGAGUUGCGAUUUAAAAAUGGCUAUGGAAGAGUUAAACCUGAUAUAGUCACAAUGUCUUUCAAGCUAAGAGGCCUUGGCCUAAAUCAGGUUGGAACAGUUGGACCAUGCCAUUCAAUCCUAUCAGGAACCAGUGUAGCCAGUCCUGUUGUUGCUGGAGCUGUGACGUUACUGGCCAGUAGUGCCUUGGCUGACAACAAACAAGAGGUGCCGCCCAACACGGAGAAUAAUGACUUAACCAUUCGAGCAAACCUUGACAAAUUCUCUCUUCCAAAAAAUUCCUUAUUGCCCUUGAUUAAUCCAGCAAGUAUCAAACAGAUUCUUCUAGAAUCAGCUCAACCUAUUCAUCAUGCCAACAUUUUUGAACAAGGAGCUGGUAAAUUGAAUUUAGAAAAAGCAUAUGAGCUCUUACAAGACUACUUACAAAAGGGAAAACCGAAAGCAACCUUUUACCCAAGUGAGCUCGAUCUUACUGCAUGCCCUUAUAUGUGGCCUUUUUGCUCUCAGCCUCUCUACUAUACAGCAAUGCCUUUGGUAUUUAACGUAACUGUUUUGAAUGCAAUGAGUGCCUCAGGAAGAGUUGUGGGUGAGCCUAUUUUCGUGCCAGGUAGAUAUGGUGAGUUUCUUGACGUAACUUUUACAUAUCCCAAGGUUAUGUGGCCUUAUUCUGGUUGGCUUGGUGUUCAUAUUGGGGUUAGAAGUUCAGCUAGAUUUUUCAAUGGCUAUUGUGAAGGUAUUAUCAAAAUGAAGAUCAUGUCUCCUCCUCUCGGUAUUGGGAAAGACGGAGAUAAAAUGCAAAUCAGCGAAAUGGAGUUAAAGGUUAAAGUUAAAGUAAUCCAACCACCUUUACGACAACAGAGAAUACUUUGGGAUCAAUAUCAUAAUUUGCAAUAUCCACCAGGUUAUGUUCCAAGGGAUAACCUUGCAAAUAAGGAUGAAAUUUUAGAUUGGAAUGGAGAUCACAUCCAUACAAACUUUAGAGAUAUGUACAUAUAUUUGAGAAAUAAGGGUUAUUAUGUUGAAAUCUUGACAAAUGAUCUUACAGAGUUUGAUGCAACCAAGUAUGGUACAUUGAUGAUUGUAGAUCCAGAGGAAGAAUUUACUGAAGCUGAGAGAGAAAAGCUUAAGAACGAUGUUCAAAUACACGGCUUGUCUGUGGUUGUUUUUGCGGAUUGGUACAGCGUUCCUAUUAUGAAGCACAUCAAAUUCUUUGAUGACAAUACCAACACUGUUUGGACUCCGAUUACAGGUGGAUCAAACUUGCCAGCACUUAAUGCAUUAUUAGAUCCUUUCAAUAUCGUCUUUGGAACAAGAGUUUAUGAGGGUGAAAUUACUGUUGGACAAGAAAAAGCCACUUAUGCCUCUGGUACUAGCAUUAUUAAAUUCCCAGAGGAGGGCAUGCUAGCGUCAUUCCAACUCAAGGACCAAGGAAUUGACAUUCUUAGUGGAAGUAAGCAAAAUGGAAGGAAGAAUUUGCUGAGUGAUUUAAGAGGAAGUAGUUCUAUUCAUAAGGUACCAAUUUUAGGUUUUACCCAGUCUGGUAAAGGCAGGCUUGCAGUAUUCGGUGAUUCUAAUUGUCUCGAUUCUGCAGGAAACCCUCAUUAUAAUUGUUUCUGGCUUCUUGACCAAAUGCUGCAAUAUACUUCGCAUAACAAGAUGAGCGAAGAGUUUAAAAAGGAUGCAAACUUGAAAACCUUGUCACAUCUCUUCGUAUCACAGAGUAGUGCACUUCCUGAGAGAAUGUCAGGAAAUGAAUUACACUUGUACUCAAAGGUGCCAAUUGAACAAUAUAUUGAGGCUAGACCAAUCAAUGGAAGCAAUACAUACAUUGGUAGAAGAGUUAGGAAUUCCAACUAUGAUGAAGAGAGUCAAAUGAUUAUUGACGAAGAUCAAGACACAAGCCCAUUUAUUGCUAAUCUUCAUCUCAGAGUGAUUCUUCCAAUAUUCUUUAUGAUUGUUUGCUUAGUAUUCUUGAUAUACCUAUCAGUUUCAAGAAGAAAGACUAUGAAUUCUGUGGUAUUCAAUGAUAAACGACAUACCGUGUAA